AUGACAGUCGAUAGUCUUCCCGAGCCUGGAUCAAGUAUAACAGCUUACUGUUCUGACACUUUCAUACAAGGAGAUGUACUUUGUGUAGAUGCGUCUAAGAAGCUGAUCGUUCUGCAGAAACCCUCAAGUAUCGGCAGACCUGAUGAGUGUGACAUACUUAUUCUACGCGCUGAUUACCUUAGAGAUCUAAAGAGCACCAAAGAGGGGUCUCCACCAGCAUGUCCUGAACUAAAUAUUGAGAAGAUAAUUGAGCGUAUUCGAGUUAACGAACGUAUUCAAAAGGAAAAGUUGAAGUUUUAUGGCCAUGAUGUCCCUGUGGACGCUCGUAAACUUGCUGAAUACCUGGAAACUUUUUUCACUGUAGUUUGGGAUAAGCCACAUAUUGUUGUAAUGGAUCAUACAAUCAUCGGCCCUCCUUAUAAGGAAAACAAUGUGUCUUGUAAUUCAGAUACUCAACAAGCCAAAUCACAAACAGAUUAUGUACAGAGGGUGUCGGUUUUAUCAAGAGCGGGUCACGGAUAA